CUACCUAUAUAUGCCAUGAAGCUAAUGAGACCAGUGACUAUGGGAGCAGAUCUUGAGACUCCAUAUUCACAAUGGACCGGCACGAAGAGUUGUUAUCCUGGGCCGUAGGACAGGACGUGAAGCUGAACGGGAUUCAACCAAUUCUGAUUCCUGGACGAGGCACGGGCAUCGUCGCCACGCGCGAAAUCAAGGAAGGAGAGGUAAUCCUAGUGGUACCCGCCAGCGUUUUUCGAUCACUCGACCAGGUGCCAAAGGCUAUCUCCAAGAGGCUACCUCGACAGACGUCCAUUCAUGCUCUUCUAGCCACGUUCCUUAUCCUAGACAAGACCAAACGAUUCAGUAGUUAUCACGCCUUUUUCCCAAUCCUUCCCUCCUUUGCGAGCAGCAUCCCUUUACUAUGGCCACCGGAGCUGCAUACUUUCCUCCCGACGCCGGCCAAGGAUAUUUUAGAGAAGCAACAACGUGAACUGGAACGGGAUUGGACCACAAUCUCGAAAGCUUUCCCAGAUAUGAACUACGACCAGUACUUGCAUUCAUGGCUGCUCGUCGGCACGAGGUCGUUUUACUUCGAGACAUCCACGAUGAACCGUUUUCCGCAUAACGACAGAUUGGCGUUGCCAAUUGCUGAUUUGUUCAACCACGCAGACGUCGGUUGUGAUGCCUCUUUCUCUCAACAAGGUUACAAAUUUAUAGCAGAUCGCGUGUAUCAUGCUGGAGAGGAGAUUUAUACCUCCUAUGGUGACCACUCCAAUGACUUCCUCCUCACCGAAUAUGGAUUCGUACUUCCAGAAAAUCGAUGGGACGCAGUGUCCCUUGAUGAUAUCCUUCUUCCAAGAUUCACAGAACAGCAGAAGAAUGACCUCAGGGAUAAAGGGUUCUUGGGCAAAUACUUCUUGUACCAAGAAACCGGAUGCUGUUUUCGAACACAAGUAGCAUUGCGGAUGCUGUGCUGCACGUAUGAAGACUGGCAACAAUUCGCAGAUGCCGAGAGUGAGGGGGAAGCCUCUCAGGGCCAAGUCAACGUCUUAUUGCUACAAAUCUUGAAUACAUACGUAGAAGCCAUUCAGCAAACCUUGAAGGACAUGGAGGGCACUGACAUUGGUGAAACAAAUCAACGAGAACUUCUUGCAGGAAGAUGGAAGCAGAUAGAAAUCAUGGUAGCACAGGCGAUAAAACACCUCCAUAGCUAA